CCUCCUCCUUGUUCCCCAAAGGCGCGACCUGACAUCCUCCCAGAGUGAGAGAGGAGAUAUAAAAAGAGAGGCUUUUGCCUGCGUAGAGGAACCGCAGUUAUGCGAACGAGACGCGGUCUUUCAUCCCGGCCGAAGGAGGCGGCGGAGGAGGAGAGGGCUGGUGGCGGAGGGAAGAGGAACAGGGGAAGAGAGCACUACGGCCGCCGGAAGAGACCGCGGGCGGCGUCACCGGCGGCGGAGGGGGACGGCGGAGGAGGAGCGAUGGCGGAGGACCUUUUCGACAUCCUCCCUGACGAAAUUAUCGUCCUCAUCCUCGGCAAAAUCGUAUCCUCCGCCUCCUCGCCCUCCGACCUUAUCAGCAUCCUUAUCACUUGUAGGAGGGCUAAUAGGUUGGGGAUGAGUCCCUUUGUUCUCUCGAAGGCCUCCGCAAAGAUCUUUGCCAUUAGGGCGAAGAACUGGUCCGACUCCGCUCACAAAUUUCUGAAGCAGAGCGCCGAUGCAGGAAAUCUGGAAGCUUCCUACAUACUGGGCAUGAUCCGAUUCUACUGCUUGGAGAGCAGAGCGAGCGGUGUUUCGCUGGUGGCGCGGGCGGCGAUCGGGUCGCAUAUGGCGGCGCUCUACGCUCUGGCGGUCAUCCAGUUCAACGGCAGCGGGGGCUCGAAACAUGACAAGGACCUUCGCGCCGGGGUUGCCCUGUGCGCUCGCGCGGCAGCGCUCGGCCAUGUCGACGCCCUUCGCGAGCUCGGCCACUGCUUACAGGACGGCUAUGGCGUGCGCCAGAACGUGGUCGAGGGGCGGCGCUUCCUGGUCCAGGCCAACGCGCACGAGCUCGCUGUCGUCCUCGGCUCUACCGCCAAGGCGGCGUGGCAGGCCCACCGCCACCACCGCAUCUCGGAAGGGGGCAGCUGUUGCUCCCUGCUCAGCGACUUUGGCUGUAACGUUCCGGCGCCGGAGGCCCAUCCGGCGAACCGGUUCAUGGUGGAGUGGUUCGCUAUGAGGGGUGGUCCCUCCAGAGAGGGGUUGAGGAUGUGCUCCUACGGCGGCUGUGGUCGGCCCGAGACGCGGCGGCACGAAUUCCGGCGGUGCUCGGUUUGCGGCACUGUAAACUACUGCUCUCGGGCGUGUCAAGCUCUCCACUGGAAACUGGCGCACAAGACCGAGUGCGCCCCCGUGGACGGGUGGCUCGACGCCCCUGUCGGUGCUGCCGGCGGUGGAGGCGGUGCUGGUGGAGGUGCACCACGGGUGAACGGCGGCGUAGGCCUAGUGAAUUAUUAGAGUAGACCGUGACGCAGGCUGUAGCAGGCUGGAGUUUUCCGUUUGUUUCUUUCGUUUAUGUAUAGUUGGUAAAAAUGUUAUCUUCUUCUUUUGCUGUAAAUAUAUUUUAUUUUAUUCGAUUCUUGGUGAAAUAUUUUUGUUUAAUUUUAAAGCAUAAAAACCAGCGGUUGCUAUUCA